AUGACACAAUAUUUAUUUGUGUUCACCAUUUUGGCAUUAACUUAUGUGUUUGGACAUUGUUCACUGGGAGACAGCUUCCCAUCUUACAGAAAUUGUGUUGUAGAAUGUUCACAAAAACGAUGCGACAAGGAUGGAGUAAGAUACAAGAGAAGCUGUUGUCUUGUAGUUUUAGAAGUUUUUAAAUGGAAAUGUUCUGAAAACUGCAAAUAUGACUGCAUGUGGCCAAUGGUUGAAGGUUUGGUGGAACGUGAUUGGCCAGUUCCACAGUUUCACGGAAAGUGGCCAUUUAAGAGACUACUUGGUCUACAAGAACCUGCAUCUGUAGCUUUUUCUUUAUUAAAUUUAAUAACGAAUUUGGUAAUGUUCAACCGUUUCAAAGAGCAAAUUCGUUUCACUUUACCAUCAUGUAAUAUAUGGUCUCUAUACACAUUGGUAUCAGCAAACUGUUGGUUUUGGUCAGCUGUAUUCCAUGGUCGAGACACUAUGUUUACUGAAUUAAUGGACUACAUUAGUGCUUAUGCUAUGGUUUUAUUUGCAUUUUAUACGAUUGGUCAUCGAAUUCUAUUGUACAGUAAUCAAAUUGUAAAGAAUACAUUUAUGGUUAUCUGUUCUCUUGCAUUUAUCUAUCAUUCGUUAUAUCUACUUACUACAGAAUAUGAUUACAAGUACAACAUGACAACUAAUCUUCUCGUUGGCGCUGUAACAGGCACAGCAAUGCUAAUAUGGGCAGUGUUGAAUCGUCGCAGAAUGGGCCAUGGUAAAUAUUUGAUAUUUUACGUACUUGGCAUGACAUUGGCUUCAUUGCUAGAGCUAGCAGAUUUUCCACCACUUUUGUGGACAUUUGAUGCGCAUUCACUCUGGCAUUUAGCAACAGCCCCAAACGCGUAUUUCAUGUACAAGUUUGCCAUUGAAGACUGUAAACAUCAGCGUCGAAUGUUGCUGAAAUGA